CUUGUUGUUCUAGUAUAUUCCACGUAGUUUCAAGGAGAAAAGUUUCACAACCCAGCUUUACUUAUCUUUUGAUGUCAGUGCCUCACUUCCACCUUAGAAUUUAUUUUCCAGAGCCAUGUCAGAGAACAGUGCCACAGGAGCAAAUGUGGGAGACUGUAUAGAUGCCAGAGUGGUCAGCCCCAAAGGGACUCAGACUGGAUCCAGUGGGAAUAAUGAGAUCACAACUGGAUCAAAAAAAGCCAAAGGAGAAGCACAGUCUGACUUGUAUAGAUACAAUAUGGGCUACCCCAACCUCGGGAAAUGUAUCAUCAUCAACAACAAGAACUUUCAUAAACAUACAGGGAUGCUUGUGCGGAAUGGGACAGAUGUGGACGCAGCAAAUGUGCUCCAAGUUUUCACAAAGCUGGGUUUCAAAGCUGUGAUUCAAAAUGAUCAGACCGUUUCACAAAUGAAGAGCAUUCUAAAAUCAGUGUCCCAGGAGGACCACAGACAGUCCGCCCUCUUUGCAUGCGUGAUACUGAGUCAUGGGGAGGAAGGAGUGGUUUAUGGUACUGAUGGAUGUUUGGAGGUUAAGGAACUGACUACAUUCUUCCGAGGAGACAACUGUACUUCCCUAGUUGGCAAACCUAAGCUCUUCUUCAUACAGGCUUGUCGUGGGUCAGAAUUGGACAGUGGCAUAGAGACUGAUGGCAAAAGUGACUCAGAAGACACUCAGAUGAUUCCUGUUGAGGCAGACUUCUUGUAUGCAUACUCCACUGCUCCAGGUUAUUAUUCUUGGAGAAACACAGCUAAUGGAUCGUGGUUCAUCUCCUCCCUGUGUGAGAUGUUGACUACUUAUGCCAGAGAGCUGGAGCUAAUGCAAAUCAUGACACGUGUAAAUCGUAAGGUGGCGCUGGAGUUCCAGUCAAGCACUGACCUACCAGGUUUCAACCGGAAGAAACAAAUACCAUGCAUCGUGUCCAUGCUAACAAAAGAGCUGUACUUUCCAAAUUGAUGGUAACAUUCAAGUAGGCUAAAUAAAAUUAAGGUUAUUGAGACGUAACUACACACCGCUGCGCAACAAUAGGCAGCACAGAGAAUCUACAGAAUCUUUUUGACCGCAACAGCAAUGAAAUGUUUUUUUUUCUUCUACAUUUAUUUUAAAGCAGUGGAAACUCACAGCAUUGUAUCACUUAAGAUCUUGCCCAUACAUUGUGUUGCAUUGUAUUAAGCGCUAAAAUCUCGUACGUACACUGUGCAUGCUGUGCUUACUUUGGAAAGCAUUUUCACCCUUUCUAGGAACACCCAGCAUAACCUGUGUCAAAACAUCUCUAGACUGUGGCAGGUGUGCAAAACCAAAUCCAUAUAUAACAACCUGGUACUAUUCAGUAAAACGUUUUUCAAA